AUGGAUUCCCCACCACCAGAUUCGCAUCAGCAAGGUCAACAAUUCAUCAAAUUGCAACCAGGCCAACAGCCAACUCCAGAACAAAUACAGAUGAUGAAACAAAAACUCGCUCAUGAUGCACAACAAGCCGGAAUGAGCGUCAAUGACUUUGUAGCAAAGAUCAAGGCGCAACAAGCAGCUCAGCAGCCAACUCCAGAACAAAUAAAGGCGAUGCAACAAAAGCUCGCACACGAUGCACAACAAGCUGGAAUGACCGUUCCUGAAUUCGCGGAAAAGAUGAGGGCAAAUGCAAUCGCUCAACAAAAUGCACAAAGACAAGCUGCAAUGCAACAACAACAACAGCAGCAACAGCAACAACCCCAACCAAUUCAGCCAGGUCCUCCGAAUCCAGCAGCUAUUGCUCUCGCAAACUUUCUGAAGGGUCAGGACUUAAAAACGAGAAUAUGUAUUCUGAAUGGUCAAAGAAAGGAUAUGUUCAAAGUGAAACGUGCCCUCCGAGCCAUUCAAUCGCCUGCCUAUGAGAAAGCACGCAAGAAGAACCCACUCCUCCCAGAAAUCACCGAUCGCGCCUCCCUGGAAAACUGCUUCAAACUUCUCCCACUUUCCCUACUCGCAUUACGUGUUUCUAAAGUCGACCCUCAUGAAGGUCAUGACCAUGCGCCUGGUGCUCACAAUAUAAAGCGGGUAAAAGGACUUUGGACUGUAAAGAUCGAACAACAACAAGAAUGCAAAGACGACCUUCACUUCGUAUGGCUUUACGAGGGCGCACAAAUUAAACAGAAAUUAUACGCUGCUGGAGCAUUGGCGAUUGUAUUUGCAAUUGUCAUGUUUCCACUUUGGCCGAUGAAAAUGAGGCUGGGUGUGUGGUAUCUAAGUAUGGGUAUGCUUGGAUUACUAGGAUUAUUCUUUGCGAUGGCCAUAUUCAGGUUAAUUCUUUUUGGUAUUACAAUGUUUGCUGUGCCUCCGGGAUUAUGGCUAUACCCGAAUUUGUUCGAGGAUGUCGGAUUCUUUGAUAGCUUCAGACCUGUUUGGGGAUGGCAAGAGGAGAAGAAGAAAGGCAAGAAGAAGACUAAGUCAAGUGGCUCCGCCAGUGCAGGUGCUACAAUGGCAGCAAUGACAGGUCAACCAGCUCCAGCAUCGGCAACGACCACAGGAUCAGCAGCACAGAUAUCUACUGGAGGCACUACACAACGGAAUCUAGCACCAAGAGUUGAGGAAGUAUUUGAUGAAGAGUAA